AUGGAAAUUGAUUAUCGCACUCAUUUAACAGCAAUGUUGGAUGUGACACGCUUUCUAUUGAAGCAAGGGUUGCCCUUUCGUGGACACGAUGAGUCAACUAGUUCUUCAAAUAGAGAGAUCACACUUGCUAUAAUCAAUGAUAUUGAAGAUAAAUUCUUUUCUUUGAUGGUUUAUGAGGCUCGGGACAGUUCAGUGAAGGAGCAUAUGGGAGUUGUUUUGAGGUUUGUGAAUAAAAAAGGAUGUGUGAUUGAACGAUUUCUUGCAGUUGUGCAUGUGCCUGACACUAGUUCUCAUUCUUUGAAAAUGGCUAUUGAUGCUUUAUUUGUGCAACAUGAUUUAUCAUUAUCUAGAUUGAGAGGCCAAGGAUAUGAUGGAGCUUCAAAUAUGCGUGGAAUUCUUGUUCAGAAAUUGGUUGAGACUGAAAAACAUUCGGUGUUCCCAUUGGUUUAUCGUAUGAUAGAGUUGGCAUUAGUUUUACCAGUUGCAACUACUUCGGUUGAACGAGUUUUUUCUGCAAUGAAGACUGUGAAGACUGAUUUAUGUAUAGAAUGGGAGAUGAAUGAAUGA